GUAGUCCAUUACGGAAUGUGCUUCUGACUUUAAAUUCGCAGAGCCACAGUUCAUCGCAUCGUUGGAACUCCUGCUACCAAACAGAUUAUAAGUUUUCGACUAUCCAAACCGCUUGCUCUGAAUUGCUGCCUCAAGAAUUCCUGAUCAAAUGAGGUUUUCGCUUGGAAGUAAACCACAAAGCCGCCUUUAUCGAGCGCCACUAGCAGCGCGGGCCAAACCCACACAGGAGCGACACAAAAUGGUACUUGCAUGAUAUGGGUCUAAAAUCAGCUCGAAUAUCAAUCACUGAAUCUAAGCUAGCCGCGAUAAAAUGAACCUUUGCUCACUUCGUCUUUUUCCAAAGCUGGCUUGUAUUCUGUCACACCACUCGAACUAACGCAGCGCAAUCAUGCCCCCAGCAUAAAACAACAUGCUUCCCAAGACGACUGUGCAGCUUUCCCCAUUGAUCUAAUCCUUAUAGUAUUAGCCUGUAGGAUUUAUAGCCGCAAACAUCUCAAGGCAACAUCUUCCUCUAUCACCAGCCAGCCUAUGAUCCCCCAAAAUUUUCCCAUUUCGAGUACCCUUCUUUUUAUAUCUUCAUUAUGGACUCCGCCAGUCCAACCUCCGCCAAGUGCGUACACGCUCACCAACUUUCCUCGCACUGUUACUCAGAUCGAAUCAGAUCGAAUAAUACCACACCACACAUUCCCUACCGAACACCUCUCACUCUCCUUCUCUAGCCUUUCGCUCCCCUCCUCUCAUUCAACGUCUGCGCACACAACUACCCCCCAACACGAAAAGCCUCACAGCACUCCACCCCUGCACCCAAGUGAUACCUACCUUUUCUAACACCCUUUUGCCUUCUCUUCCUCAUCCAAAUCCCGAACACGUCGCCUUGCCAGCACGAGUUCUCCCCUCCCCUUCCCUCGUCCUUCCCGGCACACUUUACCCACCCUCUUGAUAAGUGAACAAAAGCUCACGGGAAAUAGGUACAGGACGCCUUCGUCUCUUACCUCCAACACCAAUGCAAUAUGCCAACAUCUCACAUCAUAAAAUUGGGACUCAACUUGAACCUUCAAAAGUGAAAGUUGAAGCCUAGUCUCUGUUCAAAAUAGCAGUAAUGGGAAAAUCUAAAACCUGGGAGUAAAGAGAUGCAUGGGCUUUAUAGAGAGAAGUUGUGAUAUAUACCGGGAUUCAGCUCUGGAGCUAGGUGUUGUCUUAUGUUCGCUAUCGAAGUGUGUCGGUCUUAUGAUAAGGAUAAAUCAAACCGUAUGGUAUAUUUUUCAGGAGCUGAGGGAUGGAGAAUGGGUGAGGAAGGGAUGAGAAAGGGGAUGGCAUGCAAGUGGCGAGUGAUGAAGACCGGUACAAUACUAGACACAGCUGAGGAGUGCCUCGUGGUAUGUGAUUAGGAAUUGUCUGGAAUGAGCAGUAUGAGCAGGAUGGAACUUGUUG